AUGACAGAUAUUCCCGGAUGUGGAGGUGGAGGUUGGACACUAGUCUUGAAAGUGAAUGGAAAUAUGGUAAGAUAGAGAUCGAGGGUACGUUAGUGCAUGUUAAACUUCAAUUAACCAAAUAAUGAACCACACAAUCAAUUCAUCAAUUAAGCAGCCAAACAAUCAGAGGAAGUUUUUCUUUCAAUUUUCUAACUAAAACUAUGUCUUAAAUAAUCAUUGUCUACUAAAGCAUCGGGCACCAGUCAAUUAAUUUCUCUUCCCUAAAUUAUUGUGUUCUUUCUAAUUUAGCCCACAUUUGACUACAAUUCACCUUUGUGGACGAACAAGGAAAGUUAUGCAGUUGAAGAUGGACUUGAAGGACUAACAGAAAAAGAAAGUAAACUGGCCUCUUAUUGGAACACUCCUUUCAAGAAAAUAUGUCUUGGUAUGACCGUUAAUGGUGACAGAAAAUGGAUGAUGUUAGAUUACGAAGCAAGUUCGCUGUACAGUAUGAUCGCAGAUGGACAAUACCGUAGCACAUCCGCUGGAAAAAACACCUGGAUGUCUGUGAUCGCAGGCUCUUCCUUGCAGUCCAAUUGCAACCAUGAAGGUUUCAAUAUCCAAUUGCCAUAUAUCAAUGCUCGCCUUGGUUUUGUUGCCAACAACGAAAAUGGUUGUGGGUCCUGUGACUCUUGGAUAGGUUUUGGUAUUAUAUACUCCUUUGCUUGUGGUACAUUCUAUCAGGCGUGCGGUAAUCGUGCAGUAUGUGCAGUAGAUCGUGUUGUAAACAUCCCAGCAUUUGG